CGGGCGGUGGUGCAGCAGGGUCGCAGGUGUAUAUCUUUGUCCAAGAGGACGCGGAGGCUCCCUGGACGGUGGGUGCUCUCGCAGCCGGGAAGGUCCGGACGGGGUCAGCGGCAGGUGGCUAUCCGCUUACUCGCAACACAGCUUCGCGCUCUGGCUCUGCGACGUAGCAGGACUAGGACGCUAGGGAGAAGUACCAGUUGGGGCUGCAGCCUGACCUGGGAGGGUGGGCAGGGCCCAUGAUGCUGAAACAGUACUGCAGAAGUUUGCCAACAUUUGAUGGGGACUCUAAUUCAGUAUCCACAGAGAGGACUUUCUUUGCUGGUUGCCUCCUCUCCCACCAGGUGCAGACGCAGCGUUGUGACCGAGUCAGUAUUUAGGAGCUUCAUUCUCCAGUGUUCUUGAAAAAAUAGUUGCCUGGUUAUAUGAUAUCCCGUUCGAGGUACAUCAUCUUCAUAAGGAUUACGAAUUAUCCAGGCCGCCUUUGCUACUAAUGGACAGAAAACUCUGAUUUAAACAAAGGGCCAACAAGGGAUUGUCCUUGAUUUUUGUACUUCGUAGCAUUCCUCAAACUCUUGUCACAUCUGCUCUUACAGUAAAAACUGCAUUUAAGUCAGAAAAAUGAAGCAGUUGAAAAGGAAAAGGAAAAGCAAUUUUAGUGUUCAAGAAACUCAGACUCUUUUGAAGGAAAUUACAAAAAGGAAAGAAGUCAUUUUUUCCAAGCAGCUCAAUACCACCAUUAACGUGAUGAAGCGAAUGGCUUGGGAGGAGAUCGCGCAGUGUGUGAACGCGGUGGGGGAGGGGGAGCAGAGGACGGGCACGGAAGUGAAGAGAAGGUACCUUGACUGGCGGGCUCUUAUGAAGAGAAAGAGGAUGAAGGCGAACAUUAAGCUGGUUGGUUCUGGGUUUCCCCUUCCCUCAUCUGAUUUAGAUGACUCUCUUACCGAAGAGAUAGAUGAAAAGAUUGGAUUCCGAAAUGAUACAAAUUUCGAUUGGCAGAAUGUGGCAGAUUUUAGGGAUGCAGGGGGGUCCUUGACCGAGGUCAAAGUGGAAGAGGAAGAGAGAGAUCCCCAGAGUCCUGAAUUUGAAAUUGAGGAGGAGGAAGAAAUACUGUCAUCAGUCAUACCAGAUUCCAGGAGGGAAAAUGAACUUCCUGAUUUCCCCCACAUUGAUGAGUUUUUUACUCUAAACUCAGCACCAUCGAGGUCUGCCUACGAUGAGCCCCACUUGCUUGUGAACAUAGAGAAACAGAAGCUAGAGUUGGAAAAACGACGGCUGGAUAUCGAGGCUGAGAGACUGCAGGUAGAAAAAGAGCGGCUGCAGAUUGAGAAAGAGAGGCUGCGGCAUUUAGACCUGGAGCACGAGCGGCUGCAGUUGGAGAAGGAGCGGCUGCAGAUUGAGAGAGAGAAGUUGAGGUUACAGAUAGUCAGCUCAGAGAAGCCGUCUCUGGAAAAUGAACUGGGUCAAGGAGAGAAGUCCGUACUUCAGCCACAGGACAUAGAAACAGAGAAGUUAAAACUUGAGAGAGAACGCUUGCAACUGGAAAAAGAUAGGCUACAGUUUUUGAAAUUUGAAUCAGAGAAGCUGCAGAUUGAAAAGGAGCGCUUACAAGUAGAGAAAGAGAGACUUCGAAUUCAGAAGGAAGGACACUUGCAGUGAUUUCUGUAGGCCUCCAUUAACAAAUGUUUGUAAACCAUAGGUUUUUCUCCACAUCAGAUAAUGUGAAAAUGGUCACAGGAUUAGCUGUUUUUCCCCUCGUUUAAUGUCGGUGUUUUCAGUAGGAAAAGAUGGUUAGUUAUAUGUGGGUAACUAUAUACUUAAGUAGUAUAUUAUAUGAAAAUAUGUGCCCUAGCAUAAACAGUACAGCAGGAACUAUUAUGCUGAACUCCUUAUAUUAGUAAAAUUACAUAAGUGUGUGUAAUCUGUGUACUCAGAGUUUACAAUUAUGUCUGUAAAAUUCUAGCUCACUGGUUGUCAGGUGGGGGGUGAUUUUUGCCCCCAGAAGACACUUGGCAAUGUUUGGAGACAUUUUUGGUUUCAACACUGAGAAGCAGGGCGGGUUGCUGCUGGUCUGUGGUGGGUAAAGACCGGGGGUGCCUGCAUCCGGCAGCGCAAAGGACAACCCCCACAAGAGAGAAUUGUCCAACUGAAAAUGUCAGUAUUGCUGAGGGUGAGAUAGGCUGACU